GCGUGUGUGUGAGCACGUUGCAGCACUGACUGAGAAAGUCGGCCACAAAAGAAAGCAUUGAAACACAGAGUGCACGCGGUCGGUCGGUCACCUCCAUGUUUUUUUUUUCUUUUCCUGCAGACUGAUCUUUGAACCUGAUCCGCCUCCGAUAGUCCUGAUCGAUCACUCAGCGCACAUCACGAGAGGACCGCCGCAAUAAAUGAAUCACGGGAGAGAAAAGCGGUUUAAAAGGAUCCUCGCUGUGAGUGCCAUGGAUGUGACUCUGCAGCCCGCAGACUGCGCGGAUAUCAGCGUGUCUGAGUGAGUCGCUCCACAGCUGCACGUUUAUUUCACUCAACAAACACCAAAAAACAGAAAUGUUUCACUUAAAAUGUGUCAUCACGUGGUGCGUUUUAGUUUCAGUCCCAAUAUGUGAGAGUUUAAACGCGGCUGACCGGGAUGGACACGCGUUUUUACAGCAUAUUUUAAGAUUUUAUGGUGAAAAUAAUUCAAUCUCAACGGAGAAUCUGGAGGAUUUACUGCUGUUGAUGUCCGAGAGAAGACCUGCGGCCAUCAGUGCAGGAGAUGCGCUGUCAGACCAGGAGUGUCCCUCGGCAGAGCAGAUUUUGUCCCACUUCGGGUUCAGUAAUGUCAGUCAGCUGACUGUGGGACAUCUGGGGAGGAUCUGCCCCGCCGUGUUGACCCAGGUGCUGCUGCCCUCCUGCCCCUACACCGCCCCCAAAGCUCUGCAGCCUCCGGACUACUCUGGUCUCAAACUCCGUGACGACGUCGCAAGUGACGAAACGGUUCACUCUUCGGUGCCGAAAGGCUCAUCUCCUGGCACAGGUGUGCAGUGGAGGGGUGUGCAGUGGAGGUGUCCGCAGGCGCCACCCCCUCCACUAAAUGCUUGA